CCGGCGGGUGAGUGACAGCAGCAGCAGCAGCAUCAGCACCAGCAGCAGCGGCUGAGCCCUGAGGCGGCGGUGGCGGCUGUGAGAGUCAACGGGCCACGGCCUGCAGGACCCGAAGCAGCCAGGGCGGGCCGGGCGCGCCGGCCGAACAGCGAGCCGCGCUGGCGGCGGCGGUGGCUGCGAUGAUGGAGAUCCAGAUGGACGAGGGCGGCGGCGUGGUGGUGUACCAGGACGACUACUGCUCCGGCUCGGUGAUGUCGGAACGGGUGUCGGGCCUGGCGGGCUCCAUCUACCGCGAAUUCGAGCGCCUCAUCCACUGCUACGACGAGGAAGUGGUCAAGGAGCUCAUGCCGCUCGUGGUGAACGUGCUGGAGAACCUGGACUCGGUGCUCAGCGAGAACCAGGAGCACGAGGUGGAGCUGGAGCUGCUGCGGGAGGACAACGAGCAGCUGCUCACCCAGUACGAGCGCGAGAAGGCGCUGCGCAGGCAGGCCGAGGAGAAAUUCAUUGAGUUUGAAGAUGCCUUGGAGCAGGAGAAGAAGGAGCUGCAAACACAAGUGGAGCACUAUGAGUUCCAGACACGACAACUGGAGCUGAAGGCCAAGAACUAUGCAGAUCAGAUUUCCCGGUUGGAGGAGCGGGAGUCGGAGAUGAAGAAGGAAUACAAUGCCCUGCACCAGCGACACACGGAGAUGAUACAGACCUACGUGGAGCAUAUCGAGAGAUCCAAGAUGCAGCAAGUUGGGGGAAACAGCCAGACGGAGAGCAGCCUGCCGGGGAGGAGCAGGAAGGAGCGCCCCACCUCUCUGAAUGUCUUCCCCCUGGCGGACGGCAUGGUACGUGCACAGAUGGGGGGCAAGCUCGUGCCUGCGGGGGACCACUGGCAUCUGAGUGACCUCGGCCAGCUGCAGUCCAGCUCCAACUACCAGUGUCCACAAGAUGAGAUGUCUGAGUCCGGCCAGUCCUCAGCGGCCGCCACGCCCAGCACCACAGGCACCAAGUCCAACACACCCACAUCCUCUGUGCCCUCAGCCGCAGUCACGCCACUCAACGAGAGCCUGCAGCCCCUGGGAGGCUAUGGGGUUGGCACAAAGAACAGCAAGCGGGCCCGGGAGAAGCGCAACAGCCGCAACAUGGAAGUCCAGGUCACCCAGGAGAUGCGCAACGUGAGCAUAGGCAUGGGCAGCAGUGAUGAGUGGUCUGACGUUCAAGACAUUAUCGACUCCACCCCAGAGCUGGACAUGUGUCCGGAGACCCGCCUAGACCGCACAGGAAGCAGCCCGACUCAGGGGAUUGUGAACAAAGCUUUUGGCAUCAACACCGACUCAUUGUACCACGAGCUGUCAACGGCAGGCUCUGAGGUCAUCGGGGAUGUGGAUGAAGGGGCCGACCUCCUAGGGGAGUUCUCAGUGCGCGAUGAUUUCUUUGGAAUGGGUAAAGAAGUUGGGAAUCUACUGCUGGAAAACUCACAGCUUCUAGAAACCAAAAAUGCCUUGAAUGUGGUAAAGAACGAUCUCAUUGCUAAGGUCGACCAACUGUCAGGGGAGCAGGAGGUGCUGAAGGGGGAGCUAGAGGCUGCCAAGCAAACCAAAGUGAAGCUGGAAAACCGCAUCAAGGAAUUGGAAGAGGAGCUGAAGAGAGUGAAGUCAGAGGCCAUCAUUGCCCGCCGUGAACCCAAAGAAGAGGUGGAGGAUGUAAGCAGCUAUCUCUGUACAGAAUUGGACAAAAUUCCCAUGGCCCAGCGCCGCCGCUUCACACGGGUGGAGAUGGCCCGUGUGCUCAUGGAGCGGAACCAGUACAAGGAACGGCUGAUGGAGCUGCAGGAAGCUGUGCGGUGGACUGAGAUGAUCAGAGCAUCCCGAGAGCACCCAUCUGUCCAAGAGAAGAAGAAGUCCACCAUCUGGCAAUUCUUCAGCCGCCUCUUCAGCUCCUCCUCUAGCCCCCCUCCAGCCAAGCGGUCCUACCCCUCAGUGAACAUCCACUAUAAGUCGCCCACCACGGCGGGCUUUAGCCAGCGCCGCAGCCAUGCCAUGUGCCAGAUCUCAGCAGGCAGCCGACCUCUGGAGUUCUUCCCUGAGGACGACUGCACAUCCUCUGCCAGACGAGAGCAGAAGCGUGAGCAGUACCGCCAGGUGCGUGAGCACGUGCGCAACGAUGAUGGGCGGCUACAGGCCUGUGGCUGGAGUCUGCCGGCCAAGUACAAGCAGCUGAGUCCUAGUGGGGCCCAGGAGGACACAAGGAUGAAGAACGUGCCUGUCCCCGUGUACUGUCGGCCCCUGGUGGAGAAGGACCCAACCAUGAAGCUAUGGUGUGCCGCAGGCGUCAACCUGAGCGGGUGGAAGCCUCUUGAGGAUGACCCUGGGAAUGGGGUCAAGCCCAUGCCAGGUCGUGACCCUCUGACCUGUGACCGGGAAGUGGAUGAUGAGCCCAAGAGCAACCACACGUCUCCCGAGAAGAAGAAGGCAAAGGAGCUUCCUGAAACAGAUGCCACCUCUAGCCGGGUGUGGAUCCUCACCAGCACCCUGACCACCAGCAAGGUGGUGAUCAUCGAUGCCAACCAGCCAGGAACUGUUGUGGACCAGUUUACAGUCUGCAACGCCCAUGUCCUAUGCAUUUCCAGCAUCCCUGCGGCCAGCGACAAUGACUACCCACCAGGGGAGAUGUUCCUUGACAGCGACGUGAACCCAGAGGACCCCAGCACUGAUGGCGUGCUGGCUGGCAUCACCCUGGUAGGCUGUGCCACACGCUGCAAUGUGCCACGUAGCAACUGCUCCUCCCGAGAGGACACCCCAGUGUUGGAUAAGGAGCAAGGGGAAGUGGCUGCCGUCGCUAAUGGGAAGGUCAACCCAUCCCAGUCCACAGAAGAGGCCACGGAGGCCACAGAGGUGCCAGACCCUGGGCCUAGCGAGCCAGAGGCAGCUGCAGUGCGGCCUGGGCCACUCACAGAACAUGUCUUCACUGACCCGGCCCCCGCCCCACCCUCUAGCACCCAGCCUGGCAGUGAGAAUGGGCCAGAUCCUGACAGCAGUGGUGUACAGCCCGAGCCAGAGCCCAGUGGAGACCUGGCAGGAGCAGGCAGCAGUGCUGCACCCACCAUGUGGCUAGGAGCCCAGAAUGGCUGGCUAUAUGUGCACUCUGCGGUGGCCGACUGGAAGAAGUGCCUGCAUUCAAUCAAGCUGAAGGAUUCAGUGCUGAGCUUGGUGCAUGUCAAAGGCCGUGUGCUGGUGGCACUGGCAGAUGGGACUCUGGCCAUCUUUCACCGUGGAGAAGAUGGCCAGUGGGACCUGAGCAACUACCACCUGAUGGAUUUGGGCCACCCACACCAUUCCAUCCGCUGCAUGGCCGUCGUGUACGACCGUGUCUGGUGUGGCUAUAAGAACAAAAUACAUGUCAUCCAGCCCAAGACGAUGCAGAUUGAGAAGUCAUUUGACGCUCACCCAAGGCGGGAGAGCCAGGUGCGGCAGCUGGCGUGGAUUGGCGAUGGGGUGUGGGUAUCCAUCCGCCUGGACUCUACCCUGCGGCUCUACCAUGCCCACACCCACCAGCACCUGCAAGAUGUGGACAUCGAGCCCUAUGUCAGCAAGAUGCUGGGCACUGGCAAGCUGGGCUUCUCCUUUGUGCGCAUCACGGCUCUGCUCAUUGCAGGCAACCGCCUCUGGGUGGGCACUGGCAAUGGAGUUGUCAUCUCCAUCCCCCUGACUGAGACUGUGGUCCUGCACCGAGGCCAGCUCUUGGGGCUCCGAGCCAACAAGACAUCCCCCACAUCUGGGGAGGGAGCCCGCCCAGGGGGCGUCAUCCAUGUGUACGGUGAUGACAGCAGUGACAAGUCAGCCAGCAGCUUCAUCCCCUACUGCUCCAUGGCCCAGGCACAGCUCUGCUUCCAUGGGCACCGUGAUGCUGUCAAAUUCUUUGUCUCAGUGCCAGGGAAUGUGCUAGCCACCCUCAAUGGGAGUGUGCUGGACAGCCCAUCUGAGAGCCCUGGGCCAGCUGCCCCCACAUCAGAUGCUGAGAGCCGGAAGCUGAAGAAUGUGCUGGUGCUGAGUGGUGGGGAAGGCUACAUCGACUUCCGCAUUGGAGAUGGAGAAGAUGACGAGACAGAAGAAGGCAGCGGGGAUGUGAGCCAGGUGAAGCCCGUGUUGUCCAAGGCGGAGCGCAGCCACAUCAUUGUGUGGCAGGUGUCCUACACCCCCGAGUGAGGCCACUGCCAUCAUCCCACCCUGCCUGAUGCCAACAUGUACAUAGGACCCCUGCCCACCUGUCUGCCCACUGUCCCAAGCGGCAGCCAGGCGCCAUCCGCCCCUCUUCUAACCUCUCAACCUGCAGCUUUCACCUGAGGCCCGGCCCCCCAGCUGGCAGGAGUGCAGCCAUGUGGGUGGCAUUUCCCACCUGAGAGGAAUACCCUCUCAGGGACGCCCUUUCGCCAGUGGCUCCUGGCUGGUGUCCAGCCCAAAGUCCUCAACUUCCAGGGUACCUCAGGGCCAGAAUGAGGUGGGAUCCGAGGUAGGCAGCUGCUGCAGGUGAUGCCUGAGUCUUCCCACCCUGAGCCCACCUCCUUUGCAUGCUGCCAAGGUUGGGGGUGGGGGGAUCACCCUGUCUCCCAGGCCCUUGUUCUGCCUGAGGGAACUGUGGCAGUGACUAGCAUUUGCCCAGGGAGGUGGGGCUCAGGCUGCCCAGGUGCCUGGACCCCAGCUAGCCUUUGGGGCUUCCCCUCUUUCCAGGCUUUUUUCCCCCAGCCCCUGCUCCUGGCUUCCCCCUGCCCAGGGAUCUGGCAUGAGAGCACGGGCCAGGCACCCUGAGGCAGCUGCUUGAGCAAAGACCACGAUUAUCCCCAGUGUGGGAGCCCCUCACUGACCUGUGCCCCCCCAGGCUUUACCUAGGCAGAAGACUCACGUUGGAGGAGCAGGACCCUGGAGUCCUGCCCCUUCCAGUAGUCCCUAGGGUGGAAUUUCUCAGGCUGCCAGGGCAGGCCCAGGCCUCAGGAUGAAGGGGAGGCCCCUGGCCUCCCCUGGGGUCAGUCCUAGGACACAGGCUCAGCCUCAGGUUGAUGGAGGAUGGUGUGCUCCUGGGCCUGCCUCCUGCACAGGGCUUCAAGGAGCCCAACUCCCAGACAUGCUAAGUGCCUAGGGUGGCCUGCUGUGGCCUUCUAGAGCAACUGGUGAACGAGGCUGCUAAGCAAAGGCCCAAGAGGGCUGAGAACAGAAGUCACCUCCAGCCAGGCUCUAGGCAUUAGGGGAGGCAGGGAGGCACCACCCUGGACUGCCCUCCCUGGGUGGGUGGGCCUGUUCCCCACCUUCCUAAGCCCGGGUCUUCUCUUGCUCCCUGAGGCCCUGAGCAGGGCAGCCCAGCCCCUCUGCCUACCCUCUCCCACCAGAGAAGCACAGACCUCGGGGAACUGUCCCGUGAGCCCAGUUGGCCACCCUGAACUGCAGCUAUGUGCAGCUGCAGGCUUCCCACCACCCUGCCACCUCCACUGUGAUGUAAGAUGUCAGGUCCCUUGUCUGUUCCCACAGGAUCGUGAAGUGACUUGGGGGUUAGCUGGGUGGGCACAGCUCGAGGAAGGGGCCCAGUGAUGACUCUCCUCAGGCUUUGGUCCUGCAAGUGAACCCACAUAUCUGCUCUGU